AUGUCCGAGUCAAUAGCAAAGCCGCGGCGUAGGGUAAAGUCUGGCUGCAAAACCUGCAAGGCCCGCCGUGUCAAGUGCGACGAGAGCCGCCCAGCAUGCCGUCGCUGCCUCUCAACCGGUCGAGCAUGCGAAGGCUAUGGGAUCUGGGGAGGGGGCGGUAGUCCCUAUGGUCAGCCCCAGAGUAAUAGAGCCUUGUCAGUCUACUGCACGCCGAUACCAGCUGGCAGUCUCACGGCGGACGAGCAGGUAUCAUUCGACUGGUUCAUGGAAAGGACGGCCAAGAAGUUUGCCGGCCUGUUCACCUCUGAUUUCUGGGAGACUCUAGUUUUCCAAGCCAGUGCACAGGAGCCAGCAGUCCGGCAUGCCAUUGUGGCCUUAUCAGCUGCACAUCGGUACGAUUCAAAUUAUGGCCCGUGGAUGAUUCCCACAAUGUAUGGGUUCGAUGCCGAACAAUUCACGCUCCAGCAAUACAAUAAAGCUAUCAAAUGUCUCCGUGCACCAGGCGGAAAUAGCAAGAAAACAACCCGUGUGGCACUGAUAACUUGCCUGAUUUUCGUUACGCUGGAGUAUCUACGUGGGCAAUAUCAAAUGGGCGCUGCACAUCUUCGCUACGGCAUCCAACUCCUCUCUGAAAUGUCCAAAUUAUCAUCGCCCCGCUCCUCAAUCUUCCCGAAGAUCCUCAGCCCAGCCGAGGACUUCGCACACAAGGCCAUAAUCGACUCCUACGCCCGCCUCAUAACGCAAUCCGCCUUGUUCGGCUAUAUCCCACCACACUUGUGCGUCAUGAUACGGGACCCCCUCACAAAUGCCCUCCCUUACAAAUUCUCGUCCAUGGUUGAAGCACGCCAAUCCCUCGACGACCUAUUAAACAGAAUCCACUGCCUAGAACAGCACUCCAACAUCCUCAAAUCAGCCAAGCAAGCCGAAAUCAAUGAUCAAGAAUUGAUCACGAUCCAACAAAAUAUUAUCUCUGACCUCAUCCUCUGGCGUAAAAUACACACAGCUACAUACAUCCGGCAAACCCAGGUAGCCCGACAAUACCAAUUUGGGUCUAUACUCCUUCGCGUCUACCAUGAAAUGGCCACAAUAAUGGCCUUGGUGCUUCUCUCCCCGUCCAGUGAAAUGGCAUAUGAUGACCAAACACCACACUUCCUAGCAAUCAUUACCGGAUUCUUCGAACUAUGGAAAUGCUGGACGACAACCAGCAGCAUCCAGCGCCUGGAUAUCACCGAGCUGAUGAAAAGUCCAGAAUGCAAAGGGAACGGAUUCACCGUUGAAAGCGGAUUUAUUCCGCCAAUUUACUACACGGCGCUGAAGUGUCGUGUUCCGAAAAUUCGGAGACAGGCUAUUCGGACAUUGAGGUCUGCGCCGCACCGUGAAGGGGUGUGGAAUGGGCUUUUGCUUGCGGAUGUUUUGGAGGUGGUUCUUGCGAUCGAAGAAGGGGACUUUUAUGAGGGUGACAGUUUUGAGGGUUUUGAUGGGCCUAUGGAGGAGAUGAUAACGGAGAAAGAGUUGAACGUGCCAAAGGUUCCCGAGGAGAGAAGGCUCUCGGAUGUAAAGGUGAUUUUGCCGGACAAAGUUGCCAGUGAUACCUUUGUAAGUUAUAAGAAGAUUGUGGACGGGAAGUGGGUGACGUUUGAGAAGAAGGUCGAGCCCGGUGUUUUACGGGGUUGGAAGCUUCAUCGUGAAGGACCAGAGGUGACAAUUGGAGGGCUUUGGAAAGGUAUGAGUCAGUGA